AUGUUGGGAGUAGUUCUGUGUUGCGUCUUGUUGGAGCACCUCCAAGGCUAUCGUGGCUAUGAAGAUGGUGGACAACUGACUGAGAAAGUUAGGAGGAACCCGUACAGUGUCAUCCUUUUUGAUGAGACUGUAGAUUUCAAGAAUACCAUCAUCAUCAUGACCUCAAAUCUUGGAUCUGAUUACUUAAUAUCAAAGACGGCUAGAAAAAACACAACGGAAUCUACACGGGAACUUCUCAUGGAACAGGUUUGCAAGCACUUCAAGCCUGAGCUUCUCAACAGACUGAGUGAGAUUGUUAUAUUUGAGCCGCUUUCGCACGACAAACUGAAGGAGAUAAUGAAAAUCCAGAUGAAGAGCAUUAUGGCCAGAGUAGCUACCAAGGGCAUCUCUCUUUCUGUUAGUGAUGCCGCGUUGGACACCAUCUUAUCGGAAUCAUACAGCCCAACCUACGGUGCAAGACCCAUAAGGAGGUGGAUGCAAAAGAAUGUGAUGACAACUCUUUCCAAGAUGUUGGUCAAGGGAGAAGCCAGUGAAGGCUCAACAAUCUGCAUUGAAGCUACUGACGACAAAAAGGGGUUGCACUAUGAAGUGGUGAAGAAGAUGUGA